UAUCACUAUUUUUCUCUCUCUAUUUUUAAAAUACAAAACAAAACAACUAAAGCACAAAUCUAAACAGUAAUUUUCCGCAUGCCCGAACUCAAAUAUUUUAUGGGCGGUGGAGUGUUAAAUUUUGAGGAACGUGCAUCCCUUGUCAUCCUACCAGCGGCAUUAAAUUGAAAUGGCCGCAGAUCGACUGUAGUUAGGAACUGCAAGAAUUGACUUUGAUUUGAUCUGAUCUGAUCAUUACUCAAAAAUGGAGAACGAAAAUGAAGCCCGAAAACCUCAUUGCUUACUUGUAUCGUUUCCACUCCAAGGCCACGUAAACCCUAUGCUCCAAUUCUCCAAACGUCUGCACCACAAAGGACGAACUCGAAUCACGCUAGCCGUCACCAAGUCCUUCCUCAAAACCGCUCAAGAUUUUCCGGCGAUCUCGUUCCCGGUGGAAGCGUUCUCCGAUGGCUUCGACGACGGGUUCGACGAGAAGUUCGGACCAGAAGAGAUUUACAAGCGUUGUUGGGAAGUCGGGUCGGCAACUCUGGUGCAACUCGUGGAGAAGCUCCGGAGCUCUGGAUCCGGCGUUGAUUGCUUAAUUUACGACCCGUUUUACCCGUGGGCGCUGGACGUGGCGAAGAAGUUUGGGUUGACGGCGGCUAUGUUUUUCACUCAGUCAAAUUCUGUGAACAGUAUUUACUUCCAUGCUCAUAAGGGGGAGCUGAAGCUUCCGCUUUCGGAGGCUGAGGUCCGGAUUCCGGGCGGGUUGCCGGCGUUGAAACCCGAGGAUACGCCUUCUUUUAUCCGUGAUUAUGAAUCGGACCCCGUGAGAUCCGAGUUAAUGACACAGCAGUUUAGGAAUGUGGAGAUUGUGGACUGGAUAUUUGUCAAUACAUUUCACGAGUUGGAACAAGAGGUAUGUGACUGGAUGGCUAAGUUUUUGCCGGUGAGGGCCAUCGGACCAACCAUACCAUCCAUGUACAUUGACAAAAGGCUACCAGAUGAUAGAGAAUAUGGUAUAAGCGCCUUCAAGCCGGUAACAGAUCCUUGCAUGAAAUGGCUCAAAAACCAGCCCAACAGAUCAGUCAUUUACGCAUCAUUUGGAAGCUUUGCACAACCAGGAAAAGAGCAAAUGGAAGAACUGGCCCUUGCCUUGAAAAUGAGCAACAUGAACUUCUUGUGGGUGGUGAGAGCAUCAGAAGAAGCUAAACUCCCAAAAAACUACAGAGAGGAGACAUCGGAAAAAGGACUAAUCAUAACGUGGUGCAAUCAACUAGACGUUUUGGCACACGAGGCAAUAGGGUGCUUCGUCACACACUGUGGGUGGAACUCGACAUUGGAAACGUUAAGUUUGGGAGUCCCCAUGGUGGCGCUACCACAAUGGAGCGAUCAGAGCACAAAUGCCAAGCUUGUUUCGGAUGUUUGGAGAGUCGGAAUCAGGGCUCAGCCGGAUGAUAAAGGGAUCGUUGGGAAUGCAGAGAUCGUCCGUUGCUUAAAGCAUGUCGUGGAGGGAGAGACGGGGGAGGAGAUUAGAAGAAGCGCGAUGAAAUGGAAGAAAUUGGCAAGGGAAGCAGUUGAUGAGGGGGGGAGUUCUGAUAGAAACAUCGAAGAAUUUGUUUCUGCGUUGAUGAAAUUUUAACUCCUAUUAUUAUUAUACGAUUCCUACUUUCUUAAUUUUGUGGUAAUUGAGAUGUUCUAUUGCAAAAUGGUCUUUUUCACAAUGAAUUGGCACGAUCUCAACAUUGUACCUUAAAAUGGACUUGUUUUUCUAGGUACCUAAAUUUUUGCAUUA